AGAGCCUCUUGCUAGGUCGCGUGUUGUUGAAGUAUUGUGUGGGACAUCAAAUUUAUUUUAUUUUGAUUAAAAAUUUAGUAAAAUGAGUAGAUUUUUCGCUACUGGAUCGGACUCUGAGUCUGAAACCUCUUCUGAAGAGGAGCAGAUUGUGAAACAAACUGCCACUUUUACGUUCAGUGAUGAUGAAGAAGAUACAAAAAGGGUGGUUCGCUCAGCAAAAGAAAAGCGCUAUGAAGAACUUACCAAUCUUAUCAAGCAGAUUCGAAAUUUCAAAAAGAUCAAAGACAUGAGCAGUAUGUUAAAUAGUUUUGAAGAUUUAAUGAGAGCUUAUCAAAAAGCCCAACCAGUUAUCAAUAAGGAAGAGAAUGGUCAAACUCCGAAGUUUUAUCUGCGUUGUCUUGUUGAGGUGGAAGAUUUCAUCAAUGAAAUGUGGGAAGAUAGAGAGGGAAGGAAAAAUAUGUCAAAAAAUAAUUCCAAAUCACUCGCUUCACUACGACAGAAAUUGCGAAAGUACAACAAAGAUUUUGAGGAAGAUAUUUCUAAAUUCAGAGAAAAUCCAGAUGCUGGAGAUGAAGAGGAAGAACAACCUAAAGAAGUAGAAGAUGAUUCCGAAGAUGAAGAGGCCGGGCCACCGUCGUACGAUAGACGUGUAAUUUCUGGAGGCAGUGGUCCAGAGUCUAAGCCAACUAAGGUCAUACCUGAUGAUGAAGGUAGUGAUGAUGAUUCCAUCGACUGGGGCAGUGGUUCAGAGUCUAGUUCGGAAUCGAGUGAUGAUGAAGGACAGUACCAAUCGAUCAGAGAAAGAUUUUUGAAAAAAACAACAGAUCGAGAAGAAGAAGAAAAAAAAGAAAAGAAGAAGGAAAGAAAAGAAAAAGAGAGGAAAAAGAAGAAGGAUGAAGAGGAAGAUGGUGAAGGAGAGUGGGAGACUGUGAAGGGAGGAGUCGCAAUUCCAUCCGAAAAACCAAAGAUGUUUGCUAAAGAUGCUGAAAUUGACAUGAAUCUGGUUCUUAAGAAAUUGAGUGAAAUAGUUGCUGCUCGUGGUAAAAAACGAACGGAUCGUCGGGAACAGAUUGAACUUUUACACGAACUCGCCAGUGUUGCCGAUGCCCAUCAUCUUGGACCAGCCAUCAGUACUAAAAUACGACUUGCUAUAAUUUCUUCCAUUUUCGACUACAAUCCCAAAGUGUCCGAUGCCAUGAAACCAGAAUAUUGGUCCAAGCUCUUGGACAGGAUAUCGGAAGCUUUGGAUUUGUUACUCGCUACGGGCGAUAUAGUCAUUGGCGAAAACAUAACGGAAGAAACUGAAGUUUUCGACAAAGCACCGUAUCGUGUCCGUGGGUGUGCCCUCACUAUUGUCGAGAGAUUAGAUGAAGAGUUCACCAAGCUCUUGAAAGAAUGUGAUCCGCACUCAAACGAAUAUGUUCAAAGACUGACUGAUGAGAAACGUGUUUGUGCCAUUGUUGAUAAGGUUCAACAGUUUUUGGAAAAACAAGGCAAUCCAUCAGACCUUUGUAGGAUCUAUCUUAGGAAAGUUGAGCAUCUUUAUUACAAAUUUGAUCCUUUGGUUAUCAAACAGAAAAAGGGUGAACUCGAUGCCAAUCUAACGACAAGUAUACAGAUUAUGGAUAAAUUGUGUAAGUAUAUUUACGAUAAGGACGUUACCGACAGGCUGAGGACGAGAGCCAUCUUGGCUCACGUCUACCACCAUGCCCUCCACGACCACUGGUUCCAGGCGAGGGACCUCAUUCUCAUGUCUCAUUUGCAAGAGUCGAUUCAGCACUCGGAUCCUUCCACGCAGAUCUUGUAUAAUCGCACUAUGGCACACUUAGGGCUGUGCGCAUUCCGUCACGCUAACAUCAAAGAUGCUCACAACUGCUUGGUCGAUUUGAUGAUGACCGGAAAGACUAAAGAACUGCUCGCUCAAGGUUUGAUGCCUCAGCGCCAGCACGAAAGGAGCAAAGAGCAAGAAAAGGUGGAAAAACAAAGGCAGAUGCCAUUCCAUAUGCAUAUCAAUUUAGAAUUGAUUGAAUGUGUAUACCUCGUUUCUGCCAUGUUGAUCGAGAUACCGUAUAUGGCGGCUCAUGAAUUUGAUGCUCGGAGAAGAAUGAUCUCAAAAACAUUCUACCAGCAGCUGAGAUCUAGCGAGAGGCAGAGCUUGGUCGGACCACCGGAAUCCAUGAGAGAGCAUGUCGUCGCUGCAAGUAAGGCCAUGAGGAACGGAAAUUGGAAAGCCUGUGCUGAUUACAUUAUCAAUGAUAAGAUGUCGGCUAAGGUGUGGGAUCUUUUCUUCGAAGCUGAUAAGGUGAGAUCGAUGCUUAUCAGGCUCAUAAAGGAAGAGUCUUUGAGGACUUACCUCUUUACUUAUUCUCACGUCUACGCUUCCAUCUCCAUGGUGACACUAGGCAAAAUGUUUGAGCUGGAGAAACCAGUUGUUCACUCCAUUAUCAGUAAAAUGAUAAUUAAUGAGGAACUAAUGGCCUCAUUGGAUGAUCCAUCGCAGACUGUAGUGAUGCACAGGAGCGAACCUUCACGACUCCAGUCUUUAGCCCUCCAAUUAGCUGAUAAAGUUAAUAAUUUGGUUGAUUCAAACGAGAGGAUAUUUGAGAUGAAGCAAGGUAGCUUUUUCCUUCGUGGAGGAAACCAAGGCACAUUCAGGCAGAACUACAGUCGACCUGGUCAGGAUUGGGGAAGAAACAGGAGAGAAAGGGAACAGCAGAGGGCGUACUAGAAACGAAAAUUUUCUUAGAUUAAUUUGGCAUAUCCUCAAAAUAUAUUUAAAAGAAAAAAAACAGUUAAAGAACAUUUUUUGUAAAACAUUGUUAAAUUUAUUCAUGUUUUCUAUAUAUUAAGACCUCAAUCAUUGUUUUGUUUUGACUGGAUAAUUAUCUUUUUAAAUUCAUUAUUUUAUAGUUUUUAGACAGUAUUUGAGAACCAUUCCUUUGGUGCAGUGUUCUGUAUAUUGAUCUAAUGAAAAAACUACCACAUGAAUGUUUAUUCAAUUUAUAUAUAUUUUUUGUUUAUUAAAAUGGAAUAAUCUGUCUAUA